CGCCGUCGUCGUCGUCGUCGUGCCGUGUUCGAUCGCGCCGCGCAUCGCAUUGACAUCUCCGAGGAAAGCUUUGGUAUAUAUUGUUGCGAAGCUAGGGCCGCCAUGGCAGCGUCGACGCGCGUGUGGGUGCUCGCCGCGGUGCUCGUGGCGUGCGCGAUCGCCGUCCGCUCUGCCCGCGCCGGCCACGCCAGCGGCCACGCCGCCGCCGCCGACGAGGAGGACGCCGCCGCCGCGGCGCCGGCGCCGUCGAAGGGGCACGGGUGCAACCCGCUCAAGGACAAGACGUGCCGGCACGACGACCGCCACGAUCCGGAGAACCAGGAGGAGGAAGGGGGGUUCGGCGUCCGGCUGCCGUCCUUCCCGUCCCUCACCGGAGACGACGGCGACGACGACGAGCUGCCGUCGUUCGACACCCACAUGACCAUCCUCGGCCACUGAAAACAAGGCUGCCAUGGCUGCACCAUCUUCAUCGUCAUCAUCAUCAUCUUCUUAACUGACUACGUAGCUCUGUUGAUUGGUUCUUGCAUUUUGCAUUGCUUGCUCUGUAUCGAGAAGAGGGGAAAAAAAGGUUGAAAACAAGAUGGAAAAUGUCAUGUAGAAUUGUUGCUAGAGUGUGAUUCUCCUAGCUGAUAUCUCCAAAAUGUUGUUGUUAAUAUAUCGGUAUUGUUCAAUCUUCA